AACAGAAAGAAAAGUUGUUCCCUCUCGCUCUCAGUGCCUCACAUGUAUCCUUUUGGCGCUAACGUUUCACGUUUCUCUUCUUUUCUCCGCGUGGCGGUAACCGAGGCUUCUUCUUUCACGAGAAACUUGUAAUAUCGGACUCGUUGUUUUGUUUUGACUGAAAACAAGAAACGAUGAAGGCAAUGUGUGGUUCAGUUCUGCAAUUUAAUGCAGCUGUUAACUUGGAGAAACCAAAGGUUCUUGUAUUUAAUAAAAAAUGGAAGAAAGAAGACGGUCUACUGGUGGCGAAUUUGAAUUCGAAAAGCCGCAAAAAGUUCAAUUUGGUACUUUCAAACUGUAUGAAGGAGUCUAAUGCUUGUACACUGGAAACAGGAAAUUUUUGUGCUUCUUCGGAUGGAAAUUGGUUUUUGAAGGCAAAGGGAAAAGAGGUUGCUUCAGGCUUAAAUGAACGGUGUAUAUUUCUUGUUGGAAUGAUGGGGUCAGGUAAAACAACAGUCGGCAAGGUUUUGUCAGAAGCACUUGGGUAUUCUUUUGUUGACAGUGAUAAGUAUGUGGAGCAAGUUGUGGGUGCAGCUUCUGUGACUGAAAUAUUUAAUGAGUGGGGCGAGGCUUACUUCAGAGAUAAUGAGAGUAAGGCAUUGCGGACAUUGUCCUUGAUGCCCCAGCAAGUUGUUGCUACCGGUGGUGGUGCUGUGAUUCGUCCGGUCAACUGGAUAUACAUGAAGCAGGGAAUCACUGUCUAUCUGGAUGUACCUCUGGAUGCCUUGGCAAGGAGAAUUGCUGCUGUCGGAACUGAUUCUCGCCCUCUUUUGCAUUUUGAUUCAGGAGAUCCUUAUACAAAGGCAUUUAUGGGUUUGUUCACUAUUUCUAAAAAGAGAUCCGAGUGGUAUUCCAAUGCUGAUGUUACUGUAUCGCUUCUAGAUGUGGCAGACAGCUUGGGUCUUGAAGACGUGUCAGAUCUCACGCCUGCAGCAAUAGCAGUCGAGGUCCUUGUACAAACUGAGAAGUACAUAUGGAGCAGAAACAACAGGUCCAACCGAAUUUUCCCUUCAAACUAAUUUACUUGUUUUAGUUUCCCAAAAGGUUAUUAUAUUUAUUAUAUGUGCAAUUAUAGAGGUGGUUCUCUUUAAGAUGAUGAUUAUUGUACAGAAGAAUAUAAAUAAUGACAGUCAAUAUUGUUGUUUUAUUAUGAAUUAUGACUGACAUAUAUUUCAAAAUUCAUUUUAUUGUA